AUGUGGUCAGUAUAUUUUGAGGGGAAAAAAUGGACUCCUCAAACAAAGUGUAUUUGGCAAUCAUAUAAAGAUUGGUUGAAAAUGUUCAAGGAGAAGUUUUUGAAAGGGAUUCCAGUCUCUGGGACGAGACCAACAACUGAAGUUUCUGCUGUUGGCAGAAAGACUAAACUGUUUCCACUGAAAGGACAUUACUGUCGUACAGUAGGACCAGGACAGUUGACUGGUUCGGAAAGGCCUCGGCAACUUGAUUUCCUAAUAAAAAGUAUUGACCUGCCUCUCAAUGCGGUUACUGACUGGACAGAAAACGGCGUGAUUGGUGAAUUUAGUGCGAAGCCAGUUGAAGAUGUAAGGAAAGAAAAGUUUGAACAACUUACCAGAUACGCGCGAGAGAUAUUCUGUUCGCAGCCGCUUCGUCGAUUUCUCCAUGGAUUCUGCUUGUAUGAAACAGACCUUGAACUGUGGUUGUUUGACCGCUCAGGCGCAUAUAGCACGGGCAUCAUAAGCAUCAGAGACAGCCAAGAGUACUUGGUGCGAGCAAUCUCCUCUUAUCUGCUCAUGAGCAAGAAUGAGCUUGGUUUUGAUCAAACCAUCAAGGAAAAGAAUGGAGUGUACUUUGUCCAGAUAAAGAAAGAGGGUUCCAAAAGCUCGAAAAAAUAUAAAAUUAAUCCUGUGCCCAUUAUCCGACCGAAGACAUUGGUGAAUUGUGGCACCACUUGCUUUGAAACGACAGACGAACUCAACAUUAUCAAGUGUUCGUGGAGCAGGGACCCAGGGGCCGCUGAAGUCAAACUUUUGAAAGAAGCAAGGGGGACAAAAGGCGUCGUGGACAUGGCUGGUAAAAAUAAGCACAUCUCCAAGGGCUCAGGGCCCCAAAAACCAACACUGAAACCAUUCAAAAGAGAUCGAAAUCUCACCAGAGUUGUUGUCACACCACGCGGCUAUCCCCUACACUGGAGUAGGACGAUUCUUGAGUUUCUAGUCGUAAUAAGAGACUCCAUUGUGGCUCAUCGGCGUCUUUAUAUUGAAAAAAAGAUUCUUCACUGCGACGUCUCCGAGGGAAAUGUCGUGCUAGUAAGACCAGAUGGGGAUAACAGCAUACGAGGGAUGUUGAUUGACCUUGAUCAUGCUGUCUCAUCCAAUGUUGAUACGAAAAAAGACGGCAAUAGUUUAUUGACAGGGACUGUGAAGUUCAUGGCGCUCGAGAGAUUAGACUGGGCUGUAACAAAAAACAAAACAAUUCAGUGCACGUAUCGUCAUGACCUAGAAUCGUUCUUCUACGUGUUCCUCGUCGGGUGCAUAGAGUUUGAACGCGAAGAUGACGCGGCGGAGAUAGAAGAAUUGCAAAAUUGGAGCUCCAACAGUAUAUUCACCAGCAAUGGCACGAAAGUCGCAUGUGUGACAGGAUUUCGCAGUCAUAUUUUGGACAUAUUCUCAACGAGUUUCUUUGACUUGAAGGAUCUAGCCAUAAAGUUACGAACAAUAUUGUUCGGGGAGUCCACAGUGGAAGUAGGCACACCUGAUGAUCCGAAUCCCAUGUAUGAAGGAAUGAUAGCGGCAUUCAGCAACACAAUAGAACAGAUUAGAGGUAAGAUAAAUCUUCCAUAA